UCCAAGGACGCGAUGGACGCGGGACGGAUCGGCUGCGGAACGAAUCGGCAUCGCGAUACGUUAAACAGGCUUCAACAUAUUUCCACUCACUUCAACACGCUCCAAUACGUUCAAAUCAAUGUACAAUGUUGUGAUUGGUGAUGAAACUGAUCCAAGUGAUCCAAGUGCUUUCUGGUCUACAUUGGAGCAUGCGAACAAACCUAAAAUAUUCAUGAACAGGGAAUUGACGUCAAAGAGUGAAUCACCGAAGGGGGAAAGUCGAAAGGAUGGUGGACUUUCCUUCUAUUGCGUCAAGAAAUGUGAAAAAAAAGUUACUUUGGUUCGGUCUCAAAUGACGCAGAAGAAUUUUCCUGAUGAGUUUCCCCGGAAUGAAUCACCUUUCAAUCUGUUCGGCAGCUGUUAUCAUUAUCGGUACACUUUAAUUAGUCCGAUGGGACCGCCCCUUGACUUUCUUCCGGGGAUUUCCGGAGUCUCCUGAUUCUCCGAACUAAAAUCGAAGAGACUCUUUGCCCGCGCGAGGGGUAACGCAAGCGGAAACGCUCUGAAGUCCGGGAAAAAGCCGGAGAGAGUACUGGAGGGAGAAGUCCUUGAUCGACGGCGUUAAUACGUAUAAAGGAAACCGUUCUCGUCGUCGCGGGUCCAGACUGAUCGAUCGAGCUUCGAUAGUCAUGCCCGCCAACGAGGAUACCACCAACGGCGUCACGUUGGUGCGAACUGAAUCCGGAAGUACCGGCGGACCAUCCGCGGGAACAAGGCGGAAGACGUCCGGAGAACAAUGUCCGCAAAAAAAUGUCCCGUUGAUUCUGGCUCCUUCGGGUCUCACCAACGGCACCGAGGCACAAAGAGGCAGCGAGAAACGGGACUUCCGCAGCAUACCGAGUCGGGACGCCCAUGAGAAACUCUUCAGGGAUUUCUUUGAGCUCGUCCUGCAGCGGGCGGUGUUCCAGUCCACCUCUGGGGAGGAUCGCGUGGUCGAGUGGGUGGAUCCUUACGAGCUGCGCUCCGUAGUCGAUCUCUCGUUAGUCGAUCUCUCGUUGCCGGCCGAAGGUGUCAGCCACGAGGAGCUGCUGAAACUGACGCGUGAUGUCAUUAAGUACAGCGUGAAGACGGGCCAUCCGCACUUCGUGAACCAGCUGUUCUCCAGUUUGGAUCCAUAUGGGUUGCUGGGCCAGUGGCUGACCGACGCACUCAAUCCGUCCGUCUACACUUACGAGGUGUCCCCGGUGUUCUCCCUGAUGGAAGAGGAUGUGCUGCGAGAGAUGCGCUCCAUUAUCGGCUGGCACAACGGCGAGGGCCUCUUCUGUCCCGGCGGCUCCAUGGCAAACGGAUACGCCAUCAACCUGGCGCGUCACCAUAGAUAUCCGCACCUGAAGCAAACCGGAUUAUCGCAGAUGCCACGGCUGGUAGUGUUCACGUCGGAAGACGCGCACUAUUCCGUAAAGAAGCUUGCCGCGUUUCUGGGCAUCGGUUACGACAACGUAUACCUGGCGAAGGUCGAUUCCCGCGGUAAGAUGGUAGUCUCCGAUCUGGAGGCUCAGAUCGCCCGUGCCAUCGAGGAGGGUGCCGCGCCGCUCAUGGUGUCCGCCACCGCUGGCACUACUGUGAUAGGCGCGUUCGAUCCUCUCAAGGAUAUUGCGGAGGUCUGCAAGAAGUAUGGGCUUUGGUUCCACGUGGACGCCGCAUGGGGCGGCGGUGCACUUGUCUCCGCAGCAUAUCGCGGCCUCUUGGACGGCCUUCAUCUCGCCGACUCCGUCACCUGGAAUCCCCACAAGUUGCUCGCCGCGCCGCAGCAGUGUUCCACCCUGCUGCUUCGCCACAAAGGUUUGCUGCAAGCGGCGCACGGUUGCGGGGCGAGCUAUCUCUUCCAGAACGACAAGUUCUACGACGCAUCAUUCGACUGCGGCGAUCGGCACGUGCAGUGCGGUCGCCGCGCCGACGUCGUCAAGUUCUGGUACAUGUGGAAGGCGAAAGGCACGCGCGGCCUUGAGGCCCACGUCGACCGCGUGUUCGCACUCUCGCGUUACUUCGCCGAUCUCAUAAGGGCACGCGAGGGCUGGCACCUGCUCGUCGAACCGGAGUGCACCAACGUUUGCUUCCGUUACGUUCCGCCGUCGAAGAGGCACCUGGCCGGCCAGGAACUUGAUCAGGUACUCCACAAGAUUGCGCCGAUAAUCAAGGAACGAAUGGUGCGAGCUGGGACAAUGCUGAUUACGUAUCAAACGUUAAGAAAUAUGCCGAACUUCUUCAGAUUGGUGCUGCAAAACUCCGGAGUAAUGGAAGCAGACAUGAAGUUCUUCGUCGAGGAGAUAGAAAGGCUCGCUGCAGAUCUUUGAUUAGUUUGAAUAAUUAUUAUUGUAAAUAGCAAUAUAGAACGUGUAUGUAUUAGCAUAAGAAAUAGUUGCACUAGUUACAGUAUAGUUGAUAAGUAAUCUAACUGAGAAAAAAACAGGAAAUGAUGACUACAAUA